UUGUCUCUUGGGAUCAUCUCCAAGGCUAUCAGGAUGGUGUCCUGGGUGAUCUGUCGCCUGGUGGUGCUCAUAUUUGGGAUGCUGUAUCCUGCAUAUGCUUCCUACAAUGCUGUGAAGAGCAAGAACAUUCGAAAAUAUGUCCGGUGGAUGAUGUACUGGAUUGUCUUUGCCAUCUUCAUGGCGACAGAGACCUUCACGGACGUCUUCAUUUCCUGGUUUCCUUUUUACUAUGAGAUCAAGACGGCCUUCGUGCUGUGGCUGCUCUCGCCUUACACCAAGGGGGCCAGCCUGCUUUACCGAAAGUUUGUCCACCCAUCCCUAUCCCGCCAUGAGAAGGAGAUUGAUGCGUGCAUUGUGCAGGCAAAGGAGCGCAGCUACAAGACCAUGCUCAGUUUCGGGAAGCGGGGCCUCAACAUCGCCGCCUCAGCUGCUGUGCAGGCUGCUACCAAGAGUCAGGGUGCUCUAGCUGGAAGGCUACGGAGCUUCUCCAUGCAGGACCUCCGCUCUAUCCCUGACACCUCUGCUCCCACCUACCAAGAUCCCCUCUACCUGGAAGACCAGGUGCCCCGAUGCAGGCCCCAGAUUGGGUACCUGCCAGGUGGCCUGCGAGAUAGUGACACAGAGGAUGAGUGUUUGUCAGACAAUGAGGUAGUCCCCCAGGCACCUGUCCGGCACCGAGAGAAGCCUCUGAGCAGCAGCCAAAGCCUUCGGGUGGUCAAGAGGAAGCCAUUGGUGCGAGAGGGCACCUCGCGCUCCCUGAAGGUCCAAACCUGGAAAAAGACAAUGCCCUCGGACAUGGACAGCUAGAUUCUGCAGUCAGGCCAUCUUACUUCUUGAACCAGCA